AAGAGGAAAUAAUAGAAAGAAAAAUGUGUAUGGUGUGUUAAGAGUGACAUGUGGAUGAAGCUUUGAGUUUCUAAGUCGCUACAUUUUGUCACUAUGACAGGUUUCAUAACCUAUCGUACCGUUAAUUUUAACAAUUAAUAUUUCGUUUUGCGGGACAGUACAACGAUUUUAACUUUUAUAUUCGAUUUCUGCACCUGAAAAUACACAAUAUUGUUGAGUUUUAGCCAAAUUAGAGGUGAGGACUCUAAAUUGUAUAAUUAUUCUGUGUUUGUUGUGUAGAAUUAAAUAUUUAAAGAUGGGCGCAAGAAGUAGUCAAUUUACUGAAGAAGAGUUGCAGGAUUAUCAAGAUUUAACAUACUUUACGAAGAAGGAGGUCUUACAUGCUCAUCAAAAAUUCAAAGCACUUGCACCAGAAAAAGUUGGGCAUAAUAGGAAUGCGAAACUUCCAAUGUCUAAGAUUUUACAAUAUCCUGAACUUAGAGUAAAUCCUUUUGGGGAUAGAAUUUGUAAGGUCUUUAGCUCUAGUCAGGAUGGCGAUUGUACUUUUGAAGAUUUCUUGGAUAUGAUGUCAGUAUUUAGCAAUGCUGCUCCAAAGGCUGUUAAAGCUGAACAUGCAUUUAGAAUAUUUGAUUUUGAUGGUGAUGAUAUGCUGGGUGUAGGAGAUUUGAGACAAGUGGUUGACAGGUUAACUGCACCCCAGAGAUUGAAUGAUAAUGACAUGCAGCAAGUUCUCCAGUAUAUUCUUGACGAAGCUGAUCUAGAUGAUGAUGGUGCUUUGAGCUUUGCAGAAUUUGAGCACAUUAUAGAGAAAAGCAGCGACUUUUCUAAGAGCUUUGCUAUUCGUUUGUAAACAUUGGUAUUUAGCAUUUUUAACAAAAAAUAGUCAACAAAAGACUGAUAUUGAUUUAUACUACAUAUACUGGAUACUACAUAUUAAUUAUACUAAUAAAGUGGAUCUAAUAGAUAAUUCAGGAAAAAUAUUAUGUUCGACAUGCAUGGAAUGUGCCAAAACUCUACAAUUAGGCCUAAAUGUGACAUCAAUAAAUCUCUUAUUUCUUAUUUUUCACUGUGCUAUUAUGUGAUAAAAGAAAUAUUUCUAAACAUGAAAUUACUUUUAUAUUGUUUCUAUAAUCUCAAACUAGUUUUAUAUGUUUUAUAGCA